AUGUGGUCGUCUACUUCUAGCGUCACACGUUUGACCACGGAGAACACUUUGGGAAAAACAACUCUAGGUAAGCCCAAUAUACACAAGGCUACGUGGUUUUGGAACGAGGACGUUCAGGCGGCAGUUCGUGAGAAGACCAAAUAUAAGCUCUGGUGGAGGACACGUCAAUCUGAAGAUCGGGGUGCUUACCUAGCGGCGAAGAGGGAUUCUAAGAAGGCAGUCUCCAAGGGGAAGUCGGACCGCUACAAGGAUGUGUACGACAUGCUUGAUACCAGAGAAGGCAACCGAGCAGUGCAUCAUUUAGUCAGAGCGCGUCAUCGCUCAACGUUGGAUAUGGAGCACACCAAGAUUGUUAAAGGAAGUGAUGGAGCCGUUCUGCGUCGCUCUGGUCUGAGCUUGGAGAGCGGCGAGGGACCUGUUCUACCAAUUACUGUCGUCGAAGUCAAUGCUGCCCUCGCAAAAAUGAAGUCGAACAAGGCAACCGGUCCUGAUGACAUACCUAGUGACGUCUGGAAGCUGCUAGGAGAUCGAGGAAGUUUGGCAAACUUCCAUGACCGUGCCUGGAAAGGAAAAGGAGAGAUUGCUGACUGCACUUCGUACAGGCCUAUACGACUGCUGUGUCAUACGAUGAAGGUUUUUGAGCGUGUUCUGGAAGCUCGUUUGAGGAAGAUUGUCAGCGUUUCACUCAACCAGUGCAGCUUUGUGAAGGACUGCAGCACUACAAAUGCUACCCAUGCUGCCCGUAUCCUCCUAGAAAAACAUCGGGAGAAGAACGGCAGUGUGUGUCUUACUUUUCUCGAUCUCGAGAGAGCUCUCAAGAUCGAGAAAGCUGUUAUGAGAUCUAAAAGCUCUGGAGAUCGAAAAAACACAAGAGCUGUUAUGGAUGCCCAUGAGGUCGCUCAGAGUACCAGAAGAAUAUGUGCGGUGGACGAAGUUGCUUUAUGCGAAGCCUGCCAGCGUUGUACGAUGUGCUGCUGGAACAAGCAGACCAUUCCCUGUACAAGUAGGAGGUCAUCAGAGUUCAUCUCUCACCCCUGCUGUUUAUACUGUGGACACGAUAACGAAGAGUAUCCAGAAGCAGCAUCCAAACAAGUACAGUCUUGGAAGGAUCGGCUGCAGCAACAUGGAUUGCGCCUCAAUGUAUCAAAAACUGAAUACGCUUCCACAGGCGAAACUGAUCGAGAAGGUCGAGCACGUAUUAAUGCGGCAUGGAUGAAAUGGAAAGCGGCAACAAACGUGAUGUGCGACAAGAAAGUCCCUGCUCGACUGAAGUCGAAGAUCUACAGGAAGGGUGUGCCUCCUGUUGCCCUUUACGGAUGCGAGUACUGGCCGACGAUGAAAGCCUUGGAAAGAGUGUUACACGCUAUGGAGGUGCGGAUGUUGAGGCGUGAUGCCGCGCGGGAGACCAAAGAUUCGCUGGUUGGACCUGUGAACCCGGAUAUGAUAGAUACGCGUUUGUGUACAGCUGAUGGAACCAAAUGGAAGACGAGAAGAAAGGCGGACCCUGCAACUACACGGGACAAACGCCAGGAAGAAGAAGACUGGUAA